AUGACCAUAGUUGAGAAGGUACCUACAUAUGGUAUACAUUGUUAUGAAGUUAAGGAUAAGAAAAGUAUACCGUGGUGGUUAGGUAUUAGUCCUAAAGGAAUUUAUCUAUUUGAUAAAAAUGAUAAAUCAAUACCUCGUAAGAUAUUUUUAUGGAAAUCUUUAGAGAAUUUAUAUUAUCGUGAUAAAAAGUUUUCUAUUGAAGUUCAUGAUCCAAAACGGGUGUCUGUAAGUCGAAGAACGUUUGGUGCUGGUAAUGUAAAUGUACAUGCGUGGUUUGCUGCUACACCACAACUCACAAAAUGUAUUUGGUCUAUGGCCGUAUCUCAACACCAAUUUUAUUUAGAUCGUAAACAAAGCAAGGUGUGUUUCAUUAUUUUUACAUUGUAUUUUCUUUUAUGA